CCCCGCUUGCCGCGGCUCCUGCGCUUCCCUGCGGGGAGGCCCCGCGGUCGGGGGCGGCCUUGCUCGAGGGCUGGGCCGGGGUCUCUGCUAGGGCGGCGGAUGCCAGGGCCCCGCCGAGCGGGCACGUCGCACCUCCCCUGCGCCAGGCCGGGCAUGUGAAGAUGUCAGUGGGCUGUGCGUGCCCAGGCUGUUCCUCUAAGUCAUUCAAGCUGUACUCUCCAAAGGAGCCCCCAAACGGCAACGCCUUCCCCCCCUUCCACCCGGGCACUAUGCUGGAUCGAGAUGUGGGACCGACUCCUAUGUAUCCACCAACGUACUUGGAGCCUGGAAUUGGGAGGCACACACCAUAUGGCAACCAGACUGACUACAGGAUAUUUGAGCUCAAUAAACGGCUGCAAAACUGGACAGAGGAGUGUGACAAUCUGUGGUGGGAUGCCUUCACCACUGAGUUCUUUGAGGAUGAUGCCAUGUUAACAAUCACUUUCUGUCUGGAAGAUGGACCAAAGAGAUACACAAUUGGCCGCACCCUGAUCCCUCGCUACUUCCGCAGUAUCUUUGAAGGGGGUGCUACAGAGCUGUACUAUGUCCUGAAGCACCCCAAGGAGUCCUUCCACAAUAACUUUGUCUCGCUCGACUGUGACCAGUGUACUAUGGUCACUCAGCAUGGCAAGCCCAUGUUCACACAGGUGUGUGUGGAGGGUCGCCUCUAUCUGGAGUUCAUGUUUGAUGACAUGAUGAGGAUAAAGACGUGGCACUUCAGCAUCCGGCAGCACCGGGAGCUCAUUCCCCGCAGCAUCCUUGCCAUGCAUGCACAAGACCCCCAGAUGCUGGACCAGUUGUCCAAGAAUAUCACCCGAUGUGGACUUUCAAACUCCACACUCAACUACCUCCGACUUUGUGUAAUCCUAGAACCAAUGCAGGAGUUGAUGUCACGGCACAAGACCUACAGCCUCAGCCCCCGGGACUGCCUCAAGACAUGCCUCUUCCAGAAGUGGCAGCGUAUGGUGGCACCACCUGCUGAGCCUGCACGUCAGCAGCCCAGCAAACGCCGGAAAAGGAAGAUGUCGGGGGGCAGCACCAUGAGCUCUGGUGGUGGCAACACAAAUAACAGCAACAGCAAGAAGAAGAGCCCAGCCAGCACCUUCGCUCUCUCCAGUCAGGUACCUGAUGUGAUGGUGGUGGGCGAGCCGACCUUGAUGGGCGGGGAGUUUGGCGACGAGGACGAGCGCCUUAUCACGCGGCUUGAGAACACGCAGUUCGACGCUGCCAAUGGCAUUGAUGAUGAGGACAGCUUCAACAACUCUCCCGCGUUGGGCGCCAACAGCCCCUGGAACAGCAAGCCCCCCUCCAGUCAGGAGAGCAAGUCUGAAAAUCCUACGUCGCAAGCAUCGCAGUAAAGCUCCCACCCACUGCCCAGCCUGGCCUUGACAUGACUUGGCUGGUGCCCCCACGGACUGAGUCAAAACCGUUCUACCUGGACAUUUGUGAAGAAGAGUGGCUGGCUGGCAAGGUAGCGGAGCCGAUGGGCACUGCAGUCUGCCCACCUGCCUGCCUCCAGCUGGCCCGACCACCACUCCCUGCUGUCUGCACUCUUUGCUGUGCCCCUUAGGGCAGACUUGGGGCACUGAGACCUGAUGGAGCUUUGAUCUCUAGCUCCAGCAGAAUUUUAAUCCCGUCUCUUUCCCCUCCCCUUGCCCCAUGUAUCCAGAGCCCUGGACACCACAAGCUACACUCAUGUGGGACGGG